GCGGUUGCGACCCGGUCCGCCGCGCUCGGAAGCGCAGUGCGCAGGCGUGAGGCAGGAGACCCCGCCCCGGGCGCGAGUUUCGGCCAAUCCCCACCGAGGCGCCACCCGCCAGGCGCCCGCGAGCAGAGGACAUGGCCGGGAGGCCGGGGCCUUCGGACGCGGAACGGGCAGGAGCCACGGAGCGGGCUGAGAAGGCCGAAGGGCAAGCCAGAUCCUCACAGAAAAUUGAAGACUUGCUGGAAAUGGUGAAGAAGUUGCAGAAAGCGGGAAGCCUGGAGCCCAGGGUUGAAGUCCUGAUUAAUCGGAUUAAUGAGGUUCAGCAAGCGAAAAAGAAGGCCAGUGAAGAGCUGGGAGAGGCCCGGACUGUUUGGGAGGCCCUCCAGAGGGAAAUGGAUUCAUUGGCUGGAGAGAAAGUACACCUGAAAGAGAUAUUGAACAAAAAGCAAGAGACCCUAAGGAUCCUCCGGCUCCACUGCCAGGAGAAGGAAAGUGAGGCACAGAGGAAGCAGACCAUGCUGCAGGAGUGCAAGGAGCGAAUUUCUGCCCUGAAUUCCCAGAUUGAGGAAGAGAAGAACAAACAGAGGCAACUGAGGCUGGAUUUUGAGGAACAGCUGGAGGAUCUGAUGGGCCAGCACAAGGACCUCUGGAAGUUCCACAGGCCAGAGCAGAUGGCCCAGGAGAUAGGCACCCUGGACAGCAGCAAGGAGCAACUGCUCAAAGAAGAGAAGCUCGUGGAGGCGAAGCUGGAGGACGUGAAGCAUCGCCUGUGCUCCCAGUUUGGGGCUGAUGGCUGCUCGGCCAUAGCUGAAGGGCUCUUUCUCCGCAGCCAGGAAGCAGCAGCUGCGGUGCAUCUGUUUGAGGAGGAGAACAAGAAGGCCCAGGAGCUCCUGGAGGCCGCCGCACGGCACCACGAGCAGCUGCAGCAGAAGUGCCAGCAGCUGCAGCAGAGGAGGCAGAGGCUUAAGGAGGAGCUGGAAAAGCUUGGGAUGCAGAUCCCUGCUCGAGGCCAAAGCAAACAAGAGGAAGGGGCUGGCCCAGGAGAACCUGCCAGUCCCAAGCUCCUAGGAGUCAUUGAGGAGAAAGACCCAGAGCUGCCCACCAAGCAAGGCCCUGUGCCCUCGUAGGCAAGGAGGACUCUCCCUGCCCUGGAGCAUGUUCCAUGAACUUCAAGAAAUAAAAGCACUAUUUCA